GCGUUCAUGAGGCUCUUCUCUCACGCAUGCGCACAGGGCGCGACAUCCUGAUGCUGUUGCUGGUGCUCUUGAGGGUACUGUAAAUCCUCCCUGACUUGAAAACAAAUCAAACAUCUCAAAAAUACCGACCUAUUUUCUGGAACGGUGUGAUGAGUCCUGCGUGAUGGUACAGUAUGAUGCGGAGAGACAUGUUUAUUAUCCAGCUCUAAUCUCGGAGUUUAAAGAGGCCAGAGAGGUAAGAGCUCAGCUAUUUACCUCCUCAGGACCAGUAGUGCAGAAAUGGAAGCAAUAUCCAUCCAGCAUGUUCUCCAUCGGUUCUCUACAGGUUCUCUACGUGCGUCUCCAAUGUGCGUGCAAGGAUUCCCGAGAAAUCAGUGCGCAUCCACUUAAUCGUUGUUAAUGAAUGAAUAACCUAAUAAGAUAAUUACGCAUGCACGAAUACUUCUACGAGAGCAGCAGUAACCCGAGAACACACUGUCACUGGCGUGGAAACGGCGCUGGAUGUAUUAUGUAAGAGAUAAUAAAUAAAUAAUCGGUGGAGAGCGCGCGGGUUGAGCUGCAGAGAAACUGGAGCAACGGUGUUGAAUUGGAUCCUGUUCGUUUGUGUCCAGGUCUAAGCCUUGUUCCCUGUGUAAGGUUGCUCGCUGUCAUAUCCAGCACCAAUGACGAGCACCAGCAUCGCGGCCACGAAAAAGGUCCGCUCGGAGUACAUGAAGAUGUUCCGCGAGCCGAAAUGGGAGACGUUCAGCAAAUGCUACCAGGACUCGGUGAAAUACAGGCUGAGCCGCCGACUGAUGGAGCAGACGCACCGGCCGCUGUUCGUGGACGGCUGGGACAGCGGCUCAGACUCCAGCGGCAGGUCCAGCCCCAGGGUCAGAGGAACGACAGAGUCCUCAAACCCGCAUCCGUCCUCCUCCGAGAGCGCAGACAUCCGGGACCGGGACACUGACACCGCCGAGCACGAACAAAAGUCACUUCCUGUAGAGAACGGAUACCAGCACGUCACGGCUAACGGGCCAUCGGAGCAGAAGCUGAGACACAGAGCUCCUCGUUCCCCGCAGGGUGACCUUGACACAGAUGAGUCCACCGACUACACACUGAAAAAACCGACCCGAGCCAAGAGCCAGCCGCCGGCCGGUGCUGCAGAGAGAACCUCCAACCGUGAUAACAGACGCUCGAAUAUCCGCUAUGACUGGACCGAGAGGAGCAUGGAGGCCAGGGAAAGGAGGAGGCUCAACAUGAAAGGUUCAGCGUCUGCUGGAGAGAUCCAUCGGGCUGACGUCGGUGUCCAGACACGUCGUGACUCUGAAAAACGUGAGAAGGUCUCGGAUCGUCGGAGAACGAGAUCAGCUGAUCUGGAGAAGUUUCAACGGACCAAGUUUUUGUCAGCAGAUGAUCGCUGGAUGACGGAGUAUAUGCGUUGCUUCUCAGCCAGGCUGAGUUGUUGCAGCCAGAAUGGCCUGGACCAGGACGAGACUAAAAGACUUCCAUUAUACUUAUAGCAUAAACUCAGGACACAUAACGAGAUGUGUCUCGACUUCGACUUUCACUGCCCAAGUUCAGUUCCAAAGCAGAAGAAUGUAAGAAAAGAACGGCUCAAAUACCAAGAAGAGUUCUUGACCCAAACUUGACGUUGAUACGACUCUGAUGAGAAUGAAAUGAAAGACCUAGAACGCAUCGUAACUUUGGACAAGGUGUAAGUUUUCCAUUUGUUUAUUUAAAAAAAAAUCUGCGUGCAAAAUUCUGGUUCAGACUAUUAGAUGAGAAAUGGAUGAAUCAUUGAUUUUGGUCUGGUUAGCUAAAUUAGCUAGCUAGCAAUAACCUCAUAAGUUAUUUUAGCUUCAUGUGGCAUGACAUGGAAGCAGCUUCGCUAAUGCUACACUCAGUUAUACAGCAUGAUGCAAACUCUGUCUUUGUUAGAACAACUCAACAAGAACAUUCUCCCAGAAAGUAAAUUUUUUGCAAUGAAUGUUUGUAUAAUAUUACGGGUUGUAGGUCUAGAUCACAAACCAGUAUCAGGGAGCGUUUCGAGCUUUUGUUUUACCAAAAAAAUCUCUUUUAUUCAGGUCUCCAUUUUCAUUCCAUUUCAACAUCAUGCUAAUGGAAAGCAAAGAACAAUAUACAAAAAAAGCAUAAUGAAUGAAAAUCUUCUAUUUUAUUAUAAGAUUUUGAAGUUCUAUCGUCUCUGAACACAUAAAAAAUUAAUUCAGACAAAAAAUAACGAAAUCUGCAAUUAUUUUUAUUAAUCUACGUAGUGAGAUUAUUGGUGGUUCGUUCAAAUGUCUAGCGUGUUCUGUAUUGGUGCAUUGAAAGAUGUUUGCGCGGACCAUAAGGAGUUGAAUUCGUGUCGAAUCUGUGUAUUGAUUUAACCUCCGACUCUCUGCAGCUCAUCAUGUUAAAGCGAUGUAAGGUUGAAUGUGUGAUCUAGUUGUUUCUGAAAUGGCGUAUGUUUGUUGUGGUUUGAAUUCUACACACCAGCAUCGUGAGGGUGUUGCUGUGACGCAGCAUGGAGUUGUGUAAAAAAAUGUAUGUUUGUAAAUCUAUGAGAUUGUGUUGUGUUUUCCGUAGACGGCGUAGCCAGCAUACUGCAGAGGGGUGACAGGUUUUUGCUCCAAAUAGUUUAACUUUUUAUUACUAGUAACAGGUGUGAACACCACUUCAUACGCUAACUGUAUGCUAUGUAGCCAUCUAGCUGUUAGUGCUAAUAUUGUCUAUUUUAAAUCCUUCAACAACCAGAUUCCCAGAAGGAAUUUGCGGCCGGUGUCCACCAGAACAAGAAAUUUACUUAGUUAACAAUAAUUGUUGGUAGAAAUAUUUAUUUAGUUAACCAUCAGCCAACAGCUAAUAAUCUGAAGCAAAAUGACCUGAAAACUGUAUUUAAAGUAGCGCCACCUCAUGUCCUAUUAUAUUAAGCAAAUAUGACCACUUAAGCUUUCUUUUUCUUUUCACAUAUCAGUAUUGUGUAUUCAAGUCAGAGUGCUGCUAGAAAGUCUGUAUUGGACAAGUUUCGUUUUUUAUCUAGCAAAUGAAGAAUAAUUAAAAUAAUGCAUAUCAGAUUUGCUUGAAUUUCAGUAACCAAACGUAAUAAAAACAAAAAUCAGAUUCAGAGACAAGGAAACAGUCAGUUUCAACAAAUUUACCCUCCAGUACAGACUGAUACCACCAUGUUUAAAUGUCUGACACGCCCCCAACUGACACACCCUAAACUGACACGCCUCCAACUGGCACACCCUAAACUGACACACCCUAUACUUACACGCCUCCAACUGACACACCCUAAACUGACACGCCUCCAACUGACACACCCUAAACUGACACGCCUCCAACUGACACACCCUAAACUGACAUGCCCCCAACUGACACACCCUAAACUGACACGCCCCCAACUGUCACCCCCACACCUCUUUAUAUACUAUUUAGCUUAUUACCCCUAGCUUAACUUUCUAGAUUUUCCGUAAUUUUGUUACUUUGAUGAAUUAAUUUAAUUUAUAGUUUGUUUCCUUAUAUGUACACAAUAAAUAUAUAUUUAUAUAUUUGAAUCUAACAGCUCGAGAUAGUUAUGAAGUUCUAAUGAGAACAAAUUUUUAGAAACAUUUCUCUCAACAAUCUAGUCCCACUCAUAUUAAUUAGUGGUUAUAACUGUAAUUGUAACAAGAAUUACAAACAUUUGGUCAUAAUUUGGUCGUAAUAACGGGAUCAGUGUCACCAUAGAAACAUAGAAAUUUCUGUGCUGUUUUAUAAAAUCUCUCAGGUUUCUUAUUGACUCAUUUCAUUUUUUGGAGCCUUCCCACAUCCCUCCUGCAUGGCUACACUUCUGGAAGUCGACUUUGUUCUUUAACAGGUUUAUUACACCGAAAUAUUAUUGAUCAUAUUUUUACUUGUGAUUGCAACAGAAAUGACGACUCUGUGAUUUUGAAUGUCUUCACCUCACACUGGAUGUUAAAUGAAACAAUCACCAGCUAAAAUGGAAAAAAUACAACAAUGUUGUCAUAAAAAGUGAAAAAAGUCUAAAAAGUUCUAAAGUGGAAAAUAUUGUCAUUAGAGUUUUGUUCAGUAAAGUCGAGAUCAGCUAUUAUAUAGAAGAAGAAGAAGAAGAAGAAGAAGAAGAAGAAGAAGAAGAAGAAGAACGGGGCGUAGAAGCCUUUAUUAUUGCCACAUAUACAUUACAGAACGGUGGAAUACUUUUCUUCACAUACCCGAACUG